UGUAAUUUAUCCUGUGGAUAUCCGUUUGAUGUAAUGGGCGCAAACAUCCUUCCUGACAUGUUCUUUUUUAUGUCAACUACCCAAAUAUUAUAAAUUUAAAAGUAAGGGACUACUUCUUGUGAUAAUUUGAUAAUAAUACAAUGGAGUUAUUUUUGAAGAGGAAAUGCUCUGGGAUUGUUUUGGUUUUGUAUAUAUUUAUACAUUGUUCAAAUGGCAAAUCCUGUUCAGUCUCCGAUUGGAUGGAUGAUCUAUUUAUACCACAGUUUGAGUUCUGUGGAUUAAAUAAUCUAGUUUUCAGGGGAACUGUCCAGAGUAGUAACCUUACACAAGACAACAAAAAGAUGUAUGACAUUCGCAUAAAUGAAGUUUUCAAGAGACCAAAGGAAGUGACCAUCUUUGCCAAUUAUACGGAUGUUGUCCCUGGUGCUUUGGUAACAUUUUGGACAAAUUACAAAAAAGUCAAGUGCACCGUUGACCUGGAAAAUCAUGUUGACUACUACAUUUUCACUGUAUAUGGACGAGUCCCUGGUGAGCCACAGGAAUUAACUAGUAUUGACUGGAUUGCACCAUUUAAUACCUUCACAGAAACACAGAAACGUGGUUUCCGUGGCCUUUACGAUUGUGAUGGAUGCGGGGGAUUUAACACUGGUUUUAAGAAAUGUGACCGACGUCUUGUUAACGACUGUUACAAAGCCAACGCUGUGUGUGAAAGAGAUGCUGGCCAGGAAUGUAAAUGGCGACUUAUUGAGCCAUGUAACUGAUGUUCAAAAUUUUGUAUUCCCUGUAUUGAUGUUUGAAUUAUUGAUUUUAUCUGUAGUAUAAGAAUAUAAUUAAUAAUAAAAUCAUAGGGGAAUA